CACCGUCCUAUCUUCGCUUCUCGAAAGCACAGAGACGGACAGAAGGAGCGGACGCACGGAGGCUUGAAGAAUGGCGGCGACUUCCACGGCGGCGUUCCACCACCCACCGGCCAUCUCUCCUCCGCCACUUCGGCGGUGUCUCCACCCCAACCAGGUAAGCCUCUCCCUCCAUCCUUCCUUUCCCAGGAAACCCCUGAUUCUAAACCUUCCCCCUCUGAACUGUUCUCCCCUCCACCGGCCUUCCCAAUUCAGGGUCUUUGCCUCCUCCUCGGCUCCACCGUUUCCCCAAUCCCCGACCUCCCCACCAAAUCCCAACCCUCUCCUCGAUUCCACUCGCACCGUCUCCUUCAUCCUCGCCGCAGCCCUCUCCUUCUCUCGCCGCCUUCUCGACGCCCUGAAGAGCUCCGUCAGCAGGUUUACUUCUGCCAUCUCCACACCCUCCGCUGAGGAGCUCGCCGCGCUCCAUCACCUCCAGGACAACCUCGUCUGCGCGAUUGGCCCACUCUUCUUCGCUGCCGUUCGGGACCGCCCGUCUGGGUAUCUGAAUACGCCGCUGACAGUGGUUGCCUCCGGAUUGGCUAAAUGGUUGGAUAUAUAUAGUGGGGUGCUGAUGGUUAGAGUUUUGCUCAGUUGGUUCCCCAACAUCCCCUGGGACAGGCAGCCGCUCUCGGCCAUCAGAGAUCUGUGCGACCCUUACUUGAAUCUCUUCAGGAAUAUCAUUCCGCCCGUCUUUGAUACUUUGGAUGUCAGCCCUCUUCUUGCCUUUGCGGUUUUGGGUACGCUUGGUUCGAUUUUGAACAGUAGUAGGGGGAUUUGAUUGUACUUUUUUGUCCUCGGAUUUUCCGUUUCUAUAGAUGUAUUUUCUGUAGAACGUGAUUGUGCUGGUUGUGUUAAUGUGGUUGUAUAAAUUUUGAUCGUAAUGAAGAAAUUCUUCGAAUACUA